AAUAUAGAAUCCACAAGGCAUCACCAAAUUUGCGUAAAAACCACUUAAUUGCCUCACCUAGCUUCUCUUCUCUCUAGCUCUUCAACCUUAAAUUCCAACUUUCACAUCACUCCACACUUGUUCAAAUUAUAUAUAAUUCUUGGUGAAAGUUAUAACCUUGUAAUUUAGUUAUAACGUUGUAAUUAGCCUGAAUAUGAUCUACUACUCUUAUUUCUUAUUAGAUCAUUAAUUUUUUUGAAAACCCUAGUCCAAUGGGGCGCCACUCUGUUUUUGUUAAGGAAAAAACAAGGAAAGGAUUGUGGUCACCAGAAGAAGAUGAAAAAUUGUACAAUUAUAUCACUAGAUUUGGUGUUGGAUGUUGGAGUUCAGUCCCUAAGCUAGCUGGUUUACAAAGAUGUGGAAAGAGUUGCAGAUUAAGAUGGAUAAAUUACUUAAGGCCUGAUCUUAAAAGAGGAAUGUUUUCACAAGAAGAAGAGGAUAUGAUCAUUACUCUACACAAAGUUGUUGGAAACAGAUGGGCACAAAUUGCAGCAAAAUUACCGGGGAGAACAGAUAACGAGAUAAAGAAUUUUUGGAAUUCAAAUUUGAAGAGGAAGCUAAUAAAGCAAGGGAUUGAUCCAAAUACCCACAAGCCACUAAGUGAAAACCAUCAAGUAAGAAAUGAGACAAAUUAUACAGAUAAGGCCUCAAGUUUGCUCCCAAAUAUGUCAAACUCAGCUGAAAUAGAGCAACCAUUUCACUUCAAUAGUAAAAGAAAUUUCAACAGUGAAGCAAUUACUAGACAGUUAACAGAAGUUUCAAGAAACCAACUUGUGAGUAAACAAGUCUUUGAUCCUCUGUUUCUGUAUGAGUUCCAAGCAAAUGUGAAUCCAAUUGGACCUUAUGUUUAUCAUCACAACCAAAUUGAAGGGAGUCAAGAUUUUGGGUUUUGCUCAAAUUUCCAACAUGGACAGAUGACAACAGAGAGUGGUAUUUCUGAUAGCUCAACUUCAAGAAUGAGUACAAGUAACAGUUCAAAUACUAUGAUUAGCCAUUAUAGUUCUGCUGGAAUUCAGAUGAAUGAAAUGUUGGAAUGGGAUGCUGACAACAAAAUUGAUUCUCUGAUUCAGUAUCCUUAUGUUGGGAUCAAGAAUGAAGAAAAUUUCAGUAAUAAUAAUAAUAAUAAUAAUCCAUUGAGUGGGGAAAAUCUUGAUGUGUUCCACCGUAUCUAAAAUUUUGUAAAUUUCAUCUUCUUAUAUAUACAUAGAAAUGUACAAAAUUUCCAUCUUCUUUGUGAAGUUUUGGCCAGAAGUGCAGUUCCUUAUUACUGCAUUAUCUCAGGAGUUUAGAUUAAAAAUGGAUUUGUUGUUGCAUUUU